GGUACGCGUGGUCGGCGUCGCACGUAACGCUAUGUUUCGCGCAGUGACGGACGGCUGGAAGCGAUAUUGGUGGGGAACAGGUAUUUCACCAGAUCGAACUAAUCGGAUUCAAGACAUCUAUUUACGAUUUUACAAUGGAAGCACCUUUGAAGAGUACGUGGAUUUUCCCCUCAUGCAAGCCAAUCGUUUAUUCGAUGUCAAGGGUUUCGACAAGAACAGCCCCACAGUCAUCUACAUGCAUGGCUUCAUCGAGACAGCGCAGAAGGAGAGUGUCCAGGUCAUGGUGAACGCCUAUCUAGAAACGCGACCGGGCACCAACGUAAUACUUUUGGACUGGUCGAAUAUGUCUCAUGGGUCCUACUUAGUCAAUGCUGCUAGAAACACAAAAAAGGUAGGAGUUGCAACAGCAGAACAAAUACACAAACUCCUGGAAGCAGGUCUUCAGAGCGAUAAGCUGCAUCUCAUAGGACAUUCCCUUGGUAGCCAUGUUGCUGGUUAUAUCGCUAAAGAGCUUAAGAACAAGUACAAUAGGACAGUGAAACGAUUAACAGCGCUAGAUCCAGCUUUUCCAGCAUUUUAUCCUGACGGGUUGAUGAUGCAGCAUGUGUCAGCAAAAGAUGCCGAAUUUGUUGACGUAAUCCACACGGACGCAGGUGGUUAUGGAGCACCAGUGAAUACUGGCACUGCAGACUUUUGGCCGAAUGGCGGGAAAAGCGUGCAACCUGGCUGUCCUCGUUUCGCGCCCAUACCACUUUCAGACGAUAAUCUCUGCAGCCACUGGCGAUCAUGGCGUUUUUACGCUGAGUCGGUACGUAAUCCGCAAGCAUUCCCAUCAUCACCUGCGGAAUCCUACCAGAAAUUUAGAGAAAACCCCACCCCUGAUGUCGGCAUGGUAUACAUGGGAGCCGACUGUGAUACUAAUGCACGAGGAUCUUACUAUUUGACAACGAACCCCCAUCCACCCUUUGGUAAAGGCCUGGCAGGUUUAUACCCCAAGAGUAGAAAAAAUAAAGCGAUCAAAUCAUAAAGAAAUGAAGGAACAGAUGCUAUAGACAUUUUAUCUGUUGUAGGAUUUAGUGUCAAAUUGCUCACGUUGUUAGAAACGUAGUGAUAGUCACAUCAAGUAGUUUUUGGAAAUUGUUACAUUUUACUAUUAAGUCUGUGUGAAAAGGGACUUGAGGUAUAAAGUUUUGUUAUCAGCACGUUUUAGCACCACGCAUCCAAAUAAAACAUGUGCCUAUAUUUUAAGAAAAUAGAAUGCACUAUCAUAAUUUGACGUUUUAUCAAUAUACGUUCAUGCCUCUGUAGAUAGAUCGAUACACUUUAUGUUUUUAUAUCAAAUGUUAAAAGCAAAAAUGGAUCAUAAUUAGUACAAUAGUAUACCUGUUUUGAAAAUGACUAAUAAGUGGGAUUUGACCUUAAGCAACGCCGGCUUUAUCUUAGGUCUUAGGGGGCGCCGAGAUCCGCUCGUAACGCCUACGAGGUGCCUACGUCACUCGCAGUGCACAUACAGUAAACGGACUAUUGCUUCCCAACAUCAUGUAUAAUUACACCAUUUGCACCCGAAUUUCCGAUCACUUUGGAAAUAUAACUGUAAGUAUUCCAUUUUGGAGCCAGGGUAUUGAUUGCACCCAUGCGCUAUAUAGGCUAACGCUGGCGCUGACCUUAAGGUGGAAUCGCAUUAAGGACCGUUUACACGGAACCAAUCGACGAGCUAUUCCAUUAAGCCACGCCAUUAUUGGCGUCGUGUAAAUAGAGGCAAUCCAUUAUGGAGUGUCUCCAGACCAGGCAGCUACAUAGCUAACGCCGGCGCUGACCUUAAACGGGCCAUUCACUAUCUGCAUGGCGGUCCGCCGCGCAGACAGGGGACUGCUCAAACACUAUCUUGCGUAAGGCCCACGUAUGGAGUCUCGCAGUGCGCAUUGCAGGACUACAGGAUGGCUUGCACGCUGCGACUACAUUCAUAAUCCUGCAUUACUCAGCGGACGGCAAGGCGGACUGCAAUGCAGAAUAAUAAAUGCCCCCUUUUAAGAUGGAAUCGCAUUAAGGACCGUUUACACGAGAUCAAUAUACGAGCUAAUUCAGUAAGCCAAGCCAUUAUUGGCGUCGUGUAAAUAGAGACAAUCUAUUAUGGAGUGCCUCAAGAUCAAGGCCCUACAUAGGCCGACGCUGCCUUUAAGGUGGAAUCGCAUUAAGGACCAUUUACUCGGGGCCAAUCGACGAGUCAUUCCAUUAAGCCAAGCCAUUAUUGGCAUCGUGUAAAUAGAAACAAUCCAUUAUGGAGUGUCUCGAUAUUUUCGGACCAAUACCUUCCCCCACUACACGUACAUUGAAUUGGCUCAUGUUGGCCUUGUGUGAACGUGCAUUCUGAGCCAUUUGCCGUUUAGUAAAGAAUCAUAAAGAAACUUAUUGUAAUACUGCUGUAGUGUGGAUGGACGUUGCGAAUUUCGCACUUUUCACUAGACUAGCUUAAUAACGGCUUGGCUUUGUGGAAUGGCUCAUCAAUUAGCCCCGUGUAAACGGGCUAUUAAACUAAACUGCUACACGAUGGAAUGAUGUGCUGCGUUUAAGGCAAAAAGAUUGUUUUUCACGAAGUUGCAAAUAAUGCAUUAUUAAAAAACACCUUUGCCGUGUACUACCUCGACGCGGCCUCUUAUUUUAAUCCCGCCUUAAACAAAUAAAACGUCAUUCAUGCGAAGACACUGUAGAUCUCUGUCAUUUAAACUAUUUCCUUGCGACCUUUUUUUUACGAAAAAUCCAGUGUUUGAGAUCUAGUAGCAGUCCGGAAUGCGUUUGUAAAAAAUCACAAUUAGGUAGUAAUCAUGGGGCCAGACGUAUUGAUUCCCAUAUACUUAGUUUGUAUAACUUAAAUAAUAGGUGUUGUUCUUGCAAUUUGGGAGACGUGUGCCAAUAAAAUCGCCCACAUAUGUAUGACAGCCACCAUACACCACGCAUGUCACACGCCGUGCAAAAUGUCGACUCACGCGGAACUGCGGGUGGUGAAUACACGGUCCUAUUCGAGCCACCCAAGUUCUUACAAGAAUCUCAGCUACCUCUUGGGUUUGCUGAAAAAUCGGGGAGCGACCUUGGCGCUCUGAUGUACUUUGCCCUGUAGUUGACCACGCCGGAGCAUUGCAGUAGGAUGUACGCGCCCAUUUCCUCCUCCUCCUCCUCCAUGCACUGGAGGGCUGUCCGUGAAACCUAGAUUGAAAAAGUACUUAUCAUAUGGACCAUGACCCGUUAGGGCGGCUAUUAGAAUGCGUAGCUCUUUCCUUUUGAGUUUUAUAAAUUUACGAGACAGAUACCGUACCUAACGAGGUUCAAAUGUAUACGCGUGAAACACUCUUCACUCCCUAGAAUGACUACCUACCUGGUUAUCGUCGGCUCACUGCGAACCGCACACGUUCCGCUCGCAGCACCCUCACGAACCUCGUACACACUAUUAUUUUUAGUAACAUAAUGCAACGGUUACGGCUACAGCUCGCUAGUACGUACCCGGCUUAAGUGCGGCGUUACAUUGCGACACAGCGUUAGGGCGCGUUCCCAUUAUGUCGUGACGACAAAUAGUCAUGCAGUUUAAAGUGUCAUGGCUUGUAUAUUUAAAUGAAGUUGUUCACAUAUAGGUAUAUAGUACAAUACUAUUAACUGUCGUUUCCGACUUUUUUUUGUUACCACAAGAGCCUGUCGUGACAAUGAGAAGUGCUAGAACGACAGUCGUCUGAUCAUAAAAAAUACGUCAAGAUAAAAAUGCAUAAUUCGAUUCCGCCUUCCCCUUUCCAUUAUCGGGAGACUAGACGUGGGCUGGGGUUCCAUCCUUAUGUUGUGGAU